UUCUCAUUAUAUGGCACUACGGAUUUCUCCGGACUUGCCCUUAUUGUGCUACGGAAUCACACCGGACUCACAUUAACUUUAUUACGGCACUUCAAAUCUUUCGGACUUGCCUGUUUACUAUGGAAAAACUGCGCUAUGGAUUUGUAAACAGACUCGCAUUUUAUUUGUUUCGGAUUGCUGUUCGCUACGGUCUUCGACCGGACUCGCAUCUUCUUUUACGACUGUUUGUUUUUAUAAACUAUUUUUAUUUGCACUGCGGUCUUUAACCAGACUUGCAUGCUUCUUACCAAAAUAGCCACAUUACGACCACAAGGUCGGAAAAAAGUCUUAUAAUUUUGUUUUCUUCUAUUAUCAGACUCCACAGUCUUAAAAGGAAAUUGGUUCUGAUACUUGCUAUUAUAUUAUAUCAUGCAGAUAGCUGAAAACCUAAGACAACAACCGAAAAAAUCGAAAAAUUUUCACGGUUGAACUGUUUCACGAAACUGUCAUCUUCAUUAACGGUCUUUUCAAGUUUUGUUGCAUUGUCGUUGUUAUUUAUCGAAGAUUUUGACAAAUACAGAAAGAAUCAAAGAAGAAACGAAGAAAAGACUUUGUCUUCGUUCAUUUCUUCAUGUGUAAUGGCGUAUGCUUUGACAAAUCUUGGCGUGCUACGGUGGGUGAUUGUUGUACAGUGCGUGGUUGAUGUGAAGUAAAAAGUAAGUAUAAACUAAAAUUAAUUAACCAAAAUGUCUGAUGAAAAUUACGCACGCAAUAUGAAAAAGAAUGGUUUGUUGUACAGACGAAAAAGGAAGUUGGAAGAUUUAAGAAAAGAAGAAGAGUGUGGUGCUGCUGCGGAAUUCGACUAUACCGAUACGACUGAUGGUAUGGUGCAACCAAACAGUGACAUUACAGCUAAACUUCUUGGUGAAGCAUCUUUUCAAGGGGAUGGCGAACAAUUUCCGCUGAUGUUUAGUCCAAACGAGGAAGAAGCCAAGAGUGGUAAAGAAGAAGCCGAGUGUGGUGAAGGUGAAGCUGAGAGUGUCGAAGGAGAAGCUGAGAGUGACGAAGAAGAAGAUGAGAUAGACGAAGGAGCUAUUGAUUUUGAUACAAUGUCAGUCUCUGAUUGUUUGCAUUAUUUUGCAUUGUAUACCAAUCAAAAGCACUCGGCGAUAAAUAUGUUGCUUAAGAUUUUGAGGACGAAGACUAAUGUUGCUCUCCCAAAAGAUGCCAGAGCGCUUCUAAACACCAAUAGAAAGCGUCCAAAAAUAAAAGAUCUGGGAAAUGGUUCAUUCUGGAACCGUGGCAUUAGGAAAAGUCUAAUUCAAAGUUUACGAUUUGCAAAAGUACCAGAAACACUAUCUUUAAACAUUUUCAUCGACGGGCUUCCGUUGCACAAAAGCAGUAAAAUACAAUUUUGGCCGAUCAUGAUCAACAUAAAGGAAAUGCCUCAGAUUGCCCCAAUCACAGCAGCUAUUUUUUGUGGACGUACCAAACCAAAAGAUGUGAGAAGGUUUAUGAAACCACUGGUUCAUGAGCUGAAUAUGUUAAUGGACGUUGGUAUGGUGCUGAAUAAUCGUCGAGUCACAAUUAAAGUACGGGCAAUAAUAGCGGAUUCUCCUGCCAGAGCUUUUUUAAAAGGUGUUGCAUAUUUCAAUGGCAAGGAGGGAUGUGCAAAGUGCACCUGCGAGGGAGAAUUCAAUGACGAAGGCAGAUGUACCAUUUUUAAGGAUACAAAUGCACCACUGAGAACGGAUCGUAACUUUCGUCAUUACUAUUAG